AGAUGGUGGCUAUGGCCAUCUGACCUCUAAUCAAAUCUGUGAUUUAAAAGGGCUUCCACAAACCAUCACAGGCUAGACCCAGGCCAAAAGACUUAAUGGGGAUAAUGGCAAAACAGUUCAGUCCCUCAGCCUUUUCAUUUGCUUUGUCUGAAGAGUGAAAAUUAGGGGCAAGGAUUCAGGCUAUUGCAAGCAAGCCCAGAUGAAUGGAGAGUAAAUGUGAUGGUGACUUAAUUAAACAGAGGCCUCUGGGUCAGACAGAUCUGGCUUCAAAUCCUAUCCCUACUGUGUGCUUACAACCUUGGGGAAAGUCACUUAAACUCACUAGACUGCCCUUGCCUCACCUGUGCAAUUCGGGUGAUGAGUGCCCACAUCUUAGGGGGCGGUUAUGAUGAAAUCAGUUACUGAUCAUGGAGUGCUCGGCCUGAUGCCUGACCCAGGGGAAAUGCUGAGAAGCGUUAGCUAUUGUUAUGCACUCCCUGGAGUUCUGGAGGUCGGGGGCAGAUGGUGGAUGAAUUCCUCUCUGAUAGCCGUGCUACCCACGACUCUAUCCACAGACACCGAGAGAGAAGAUGUUUCAAAUAGGGGGCCUCAUUGUCUUCUGUGGGCUGCUGGGCCAGACCACAGCCCUGCUGGACACCUUGCCCUUGCCCCUGGACCAGACCCUGCUUUUGGAUGGGACUCCAGCCCAGGACCUAAGCCCCACAGAUCUUGCUGGAAGCUUAACGGAUGCCCUCAGCAAUGGCCUGCUCUCUGAGGGUCUGUUGGGCAUUCUUGAAAACCUUCCACUCUUGAACAUCCUGAAGACUGGAGGAGGCACUUCUGGUGGCCUGCUUGAGGGCCUGCUUGGCAAAGUGAUUUCAGUGGUCCCUCUCCUGAACAAUAUCAUUGAUAUCAAGAUCACUAAUGCCCAGCUGCUGGAACUGGGCCUUGUGCAGAGCUCCGAAGGUCAUCGUCUCUAUGUCACCAUCCCUCUGGGCAUAAACCUCAACGUGAAUACGCUCCUGGUCGGACGUCUGUUAAAGCUGGCUGUGAAGCUAAACAUCACUGCAGAAAUUUUAGCUGUGAAAAAUGAACAGGGGAAGAUUCACCUGGUUCUUGGUGACUGCAUUCACUCCCCUUGGAGCCUGCAAAUCUCCCUGCUUAAUGGAUUUGCUCCCCUCCCUGUUCAAAGCCUUGUCAACAGUCUCGGCAGCGUCUUGAACGAAGUCCUUCCUGAGCUGGUACAGGGCGAGGUAAGUGGGUAAACGUGGCAGCUCCUGAUCCUUGGGUCUUAGAGCUUCUCAGGCUGAAAGAAGCCCCUGGAGUAAGCUUUUCUGAACCCCUCAGUUUGAUACGUAUAUUCCAUCUACCAGUCUAUCUGUCCACUGAUUCAUCUAUCCAUGUUUCUUCUUUCCAUCCUUCCAAAUGCAUUGAUUGGGUCCUGCUCUGGGCCAGGCCCUGUGCAUGUCCACCCUACAGCUGAAAUGGAUUGGACCCAGCCCCAAGAAGCUCCCAGUGCACCCCCACUAUGGCUGUCGACAGGCGCUCUUCCAGCCUAUGUGUGGGUGCCCCCUACACCCAGAAACUCACCCCUCCCAGAGCAGCUCACCCUAUUCAGAAACAGGUGUCACAUCCCACAGUGAACACUGGCUCGGUGUGUGAUUGGGCACUUCACAUACAUGCCUUCCAUUUCUCUGUCUGCCCCUGUCACUGUGUAAGCAUCCAUCUGUGAUACUGCUUAGAACCAAACACGCUCAGACACAGAAGAAUGAUAGAAAAUCUCCCCCAGAGAAUCCUUCCGGGGGUUGCUGCUGCUCCCAGGGCCACCCUCCAGGUGCCGCUUUGCCCAGUACCUCUCUCUGCCCCUGGCUCAGGUGUGCCCUCUGGUCAAUGGCGUUCUCAGCCAGUUGGAUGUCACCUUGGUGCAUUCCAUUGCUGGUAAGUCCCCCCUCUCAGGGCCUCUCUCCCUCUUCAGAAGCAGGGAUUUCCCCCAAGGAGCUCUGUCCCUGCAGCUCUCCCCAUUUCGGGUUUCUUUUUUGCCUUGAAUCAUCCAGAUAAUGUUAAGGGCUGAGCCCUGCCUCCCCCACACCCCCAUCAGCCCUGACACUGAGAACAGCUGAGCUGAUUGGUGGAAGGAGGUCCUGCCCCUGCCAAGCUUCACCUGAGCUUAGCUGGAUCACCAGAGUUCCCGUUCCCCAGCCCCCAGCCUCAGGGGGAGUGUGGGACAUCCCUCAACUCCUGCACACUGAUAUCAUCAUUCUGGUCUGCAUCUUCCAGACUUACUGAUCCAUGGGCUGGAAUUUGUCAUCAAGGUCUAAGCAUUCCAGGAAAGGGACCCAGCCUCUGUUGAACUGGUGAGUGCUGUUCCCCAAUUCCCAGGAUUCGGGUGCUUCAGCUCUUCCCCUGGGAGGGGGCCGCAGAGGGCUUGGGACAGAGAGGGAUAAACAGUCACAGAGACAGCGGCAGAGACACACGGAGA